UCUAAAAAUAGGCCUGCCCGCUGUGGGGUGGAUUUCAGCUGUUUUUAGGGCUGAUUUUGAAAAACAGCUCAGAGGCGAUGAUUUCUGUGUGAACACUCACUUGGGCACCACGUGCGUGUGGUGUUGGUGCCAGGUUUCCGGGAGCAGAGCGUAUUCCUGGCAAGUGCCUCUCUCCCCCACCUGCCUCUGGACUGUGGGGUCUCCUGGGCCUCCCUUUCUUCCUCUCAGGCAGGGAAGUGCUUUCUUGCCAGUAGGAGCAGAUAGAGCGAAGAUAUCUCUGAGGUAGAGUGAGGGGUAUAUUUUUUUAAAUGAGACUAAUAAAAUUUUUGAGUGGUUAUUUUCUACACAAGCAUUAAUGUAAGUAGAAAUGAAAAGGGAGAAAAUUAAUCCACAAUCCUGCCAACCUGAAUAGUCAAAAAGUUUUGAUGUUUCCAUAUUAUUUUGGGGGGCUUGGACAAAACAGAUGCCUGAUUUCUAGAUAGUUGUACCUGUAGCACGGGGAUGAGCUUAUGUGCUACUUCUCUUUAUCUGACUAUACCUAAUAAGCGUUUCCCAUGGUGCUAGAAUCUUUAUAAUUAUUUUUAAUGAGCAUGUACUAUUUUGUUGCACGGAUAUACCAUAAUUUGCUUAAUCAUUUUCAAAUGAUAAAGAAUUAGGUUCUUUCCAGUCUUUUCUCUUAGAUAUCCCUGGAGUGAAUAUGUUGGUACUUUGAUUUCUGUUUGGUUGUUUUGAGAUUUGCCUAGGAUAAAAAUCUAGUAAACAGAGUUACUGGGUCAAAAGAUACUAACAUACUUACAGUCAUACAUAUGCUGCAUAACAAGGUUUCGGUCAACAGUGGACCACAUAUAAAUAAGACGGUGGCCCCCUAGGAUAGAAUGGAGCUGAGUUUCUGUGCUUUGGGCGGAAUUUUUCCUUUCCCUGAAAGGGCAAUAUCUGUAGGGUUUGCAGAAGGUUCCCUCUCACUCACGGCACCUCAGUUGUGAGUACAGAGAUUACAUCCCAGUCCGUCGGCUACUGACCUGUAUCCGUGCCGAGGACCGUCCCCCCAGCACUGCAUAUUCAGCCUCCCAGGCCUGGCUGGUGGGGUUCAGAGCACACUGCUGCACAUUCUUUGCUGAGGACCCAAGAUCCUCUGCACAGGCCCACAGGAGCCACCUUACCGAGUAUCAGUGCCACUGCUGCUUCCGUGAAGGCUUCUGUGGUGUGGCACCAGCCUGUCACUGUCCUUGGGAAAUAUGUUCAGGUUGUAAUGGUGUAAAGCACAGAUCAGUUUCUUCGAUUCAAUGCUAGAAAGAGCCCUCUGUGCUACAUAGAGUCAGUGGAGCCAAAAACAUUUCCAAACUUCGAGUCCUCAGUUCUACACUCUCCAUGUUAAUACCCUCUUUUUUAAAAAAAUAAAUAAGUACCACAAAGUUUCUUAGUCUGACACUGCUUCAUCAGUAGCACAUACCUAUAUACUGAUGAAGGGCAAAUUCACUUCGCUGUUUAUUUGUACUGAGGGAGAAAAGCCAGCAAAAUCUCUGCUUUAAGGAAGACUUUGUGGAGAAGAUCACAUUUCAGGGCCUCUUAAGGUCCUGGGAGCCAUGUGGCCUGACCGGGCAGGAAGGAGCUUAUGGACCUAGGGAUGCUUCAGAGCCGGCCUCCGGGAGGGCUGUUGGCCCGCCACUGUGCUGUUGAACAGUAUGCAGUCCUUUCGGGAGCAAAGCAGUUACCACGGAAACCAGCAGAGCUACCCACAGGAGGUACACGGCUCCUCCCGGCUAGAAGAGUUCAGCCCUCGCCAGGCCCAGAUGUUCCAGAAUUUUGGGGGCGCAGGUGGUAGCAGUGGCAGCAGUGGCAGCAGCAGUGGUGGUGGGCGGCGAGGGACAGCAGCGGCUGCAGCAGCAAUGGCUAGUGAGACCUCUGGCCAUCAAGGCUACCAGGGUUUCAGGAAAGAGGCUGGAGACUUCUACUACAUGGCAGGCAACAAAGACCCCGUGGCGGCGGGCACCCCGCAGCCUCCUCAGCGAAGGCCUUCUGGGCCUGUGCAAAGCUAUGGACCCCCCCAGGGGAGCAGCUUUGGCAAUCAGUAUGGGAGUGAGGGUCAUGUGGGCCAGUUUCAAGCACAGCACUCUGGCCUUGGUGGCGUGUCUCAUUAUCAGCAGGACUACACGGGGCCUUUCUCUCCAGGGAGUGCUCAGUACCAGCAGCAGGCAUCCAGCCAGCAGCAGCAGCAGCAAGUCCAGCAGCUGAGACAACAGCUUUACCAGUCCCAUCAGCCUCUGCCACAAGCCACUGGCCAGCCAGCGUCAGGCUCGUCCCACCUGCAGCCGAUGCAGAGGCCCUCCACGCUGCCAUCUGCCGCUGGCUACCAGCUACGAGUGGGUCAGUUUGGCCAGCACUACCAAUCUUCUGCCGCCUCCUCCUCCUCCUCCUCCUCCUUCCCGUCACCACAACGUUUCAGCCAGUCUGGGCAGAGCUAUGACGGCAGUUACAGUGUGAAUGCUGGAUCCCAGUAUGAAGGGCAUAAUGUGGGUUCUAACGCACAGGCUUAUGGUUCACAAUCAAAUUACAGCUAUCAGCCUCAAUCUAUGAAAAAUUUUGAACAAGCGAAGAUUCCACAAGGAACCCAGCAGGGGCAGCAGCAGCAGCCACAGCAGCAGCAGGCACAGCAGCAGCCUCAGCAGCAGCAGCCUCAGCAGCAGCAGCCUCAGCAGCAGCACGCUCCACAGCACGUGAUGCAGUUCUCCAACGCUGCCACCAAGCUGCCCUUGCAGAGCCAAGUGGGGCAGUACAACCAGCCCGAGGUUCCUGUGAGAUCCCCCAUGCAGUUCCACCAGAACUUCAGCCCCAUUUCUAACCCUUCCCCAGCUGCCUCUGUGGUUCAGUCUCCAAGCUGUAGCUCGACCCCAUCCCCUCUUAUGCAGAGUGGGGAGAAUCUCCAGUGCGGCCAAGGCAGUGUGCCCAUGGGUUCUAGAAACAGAAUCCUGCAGUUAAUGCCUCAGCUCAGCCCAACCCCAUCGAUGAUGCCCAGCCCUAAUUCUCAUGCCGCCGGCUUCAAAGGGUUUGGACUAGAAGGCGUGCCAGAAAAGCGCCUGACAGACCCUGGGUUGAGUAGUUUGAGUGCCCUGAGUACUCAAGUGGCCAAUCUUCCUAAUACUGUCCAGCACAUGCUACUUUCUGAUGCCCUGACACCUCAGAAGAAGACCUCCAAGAGGCCCUCCUCUUCCAAGAAAGCAGACAGCUGCACAAACUCUGAAGGCUCCUCCCAGCCUGAAGAACAGCUGAAGUCCCCCAUGGCAGAGUCACUGGAUGGAGGCUGCUCCAGCAGUUCUGAGGAUCAAGGCGAGAGAGUCAGGCAGCUGAGUGGCCAGAGCACUAGCUCUGACACCACCUAUAAGGGUGGAGCCUCAGAGAAAGCCGGCUCCUCCCCAGCACAAGGCGCUCAGAAUGAAGCCCCCAGACUCAGCGCCAGUCCUGCAGCCAGAGAAGAGGCGGCCUCGCCAGGUGCUAAGGACACGCCAUCAUCAUCCGAGGGCAACCCAAAAGUCAAUGAGAAGACCAUUGGGGUGAUUGUCUCCCGGGAAGCCAUGACGACUCGGGCAGAAAAGCCUGGUGGGCAAGAUAAAGGCUCUCAAGAGGAUGAUCCCACAGCCACUCAAAGGCCACCCAGCACAGGUGGGCCCAAGGAAAUCAGUCAUGCAUCAGUUUCACAGCCAGAGCCUCCAGGAGGAGGGGGCAAAGGAAACAAGAGUGGCGAUAACCCCAACCACAAUGGAGAGGGCAAUGGCCAGAGCGGGCACCCCACAGUAGGCCCUGGCUUCAUAGGCAGAACUGAGCCUAGCAAAUCUCCCGGAAGCUUGCGCUAUAGUUACAAAGACAGCUUUGGGUCAGCCAUGCCAAGAAGUGUCGGUGGCUUUCCUCAGUAUCCUACAGGACAAGAUAAGGGAGAUUUCACUGGCCAUGGGGAGCGGAAGGGUAGAAAUGAGAAGUUCCCCAGCCUCCUGCAGGAAGUGCUUCAGGGUUACCACCACCACCCUGACAGGAGAUACUCUAGGAGUACUCAGGAGCAUCAGGGCAUGGCUGGUGGUCUAGAAGGAACCUCGAGGCCUAAUGUCUUAAUUAGUCAAACCAAUGAAUUAGCUAGCAGGGGCCUUUUGAACAAAAGCAUUGGGUCCCUAUUAGAAAACCCCCACUGGGGUCCCUGGGAGAGGAAAUCAGGCAGCUCAGCUCCAGAAAUGAAACAGAUCAAUUUGGCUGACUAUCCAAUUCCCAGAAAGUUUGAAAUAGAGCCUCAGUCAUCAGCCCAUGAGCCCGGGGGUUCCCUCUCCGAAAGAAGAUCAGUGAUCUGUGACAUUUCUCCACUAAGACAGAUUGUCAGGGACCCGGGGGCUCACUCACUGGGUCACAUGGGUGCUGACACCAGACUUGGGAGGAAUGAACGUCUCAAUCCAAGUUUAAGUCAGUCGGUCAUUCUUCCAGGUGGUUUGGUGUCCAUGGAAACAAAACUAAAAUCCCAGAGCGGGCAGAUAAAAGAGGAAGACUUUGAGCAAUCCAAAUCCCAAGCUAGUUUCAACAACAAGAAAUCUGGAGACCACUGCCAUCCUGCUAGCAUCAAGCACGAGUCUUACCGAGGCAAUGCCAGCCCUGGAGCUGCCACCCAUGACUCCAUCUCAGACUAUGGCCCUCAAGACAGCAGACCCACGCCCAUGCGGCGGGUCGCUGGAAGAAUGGGUGGUCGGGAGGGCAUGAGGGGUCGGUCCCCUUCUCAGUAUCAUGACUUUUCAGAAAAACUGAAGAUGUCUCCCGGGAGGAGCAGGGGCCCAGGGGGAGACCCUCAUCACAUGAACCCACAUAUGACCUUUACAGAGAGGGCCAACCGGAGUUCAUUACAUGCUCCCUUUUCUCCCAACUCAGAAAGCCUGGCCUCUGCGUAUCACACAAACACGCGGGCUCAUGCUUAUGGGGAUCCCAGUGCAGGUUUGAAUUCUCAGCUCCAUUACAAGAGGCAGAUGUACCAACAGCAACAAGAGGAAUAUAAGGACUGGAGCAGCAGCUCUGCUCAGGGAGUGAUCGCCGCGGCCCAGCACAGGCAGGAGGGGGCCCGGAAGAGCCCAAGGCAGCAGCAGUUCCUGGACAGAGUGCGGAGCCCUCUGAAAAAUGACAAAGAUGGUAUGAUGUAUGGCCCACCGAUGGGGACUUACCAUGACCCCAGCGGUCAGGAAGGGCGCUGCCUCAUGUCUAGUGAUGGUCUGUCUAACAAAGGCAUCGAAUUGAAGCAUGGCUCCCAGAAGUUACAGCAAGAAUCUUGUUGGGAUCUUUCUCGGCAGACUUCUCCAGCCAAAAGCAGCUGCCCUCCAGGAAUGUCCAAUCAAAAAAGAUAUGGACCACCCCAUGAGACUGAUGGGCAUGGACUGGCUGAGUCUACACAGUCAUCCAAACCUAGCAAUGUUAUGCUGAGGCUUCCAGGGCAAGAGGAUCAUUCUUCUCAAAACCCCCUCAUCAUGAGGAGGCGUGUCCGUUCUUUUAUCUCUCCCAUUCCCAGUAAAAGACAGACACAAGACUCGAAAAACAGCAACAUUGAAGAUAGAGGACGCCUCCUUCACCCCUCAAAAGAAGGCGCCGAUAAAGCGUUCAAUUCCUAUGCCCAUCUUUCUCACAGCCAGGACUUCAAGUCCAUUCCCAAGAGAGAAUCCGCCAAGGACCUCACAAGUUCAGACAAUAGAAACUGCCCUCCUGUUACCCUCACAAGUCCUGCUAAGACCAAAAUCCUGCCCCCACGCAAAGGACGGGGACUGAAAUUGGAAGCUAUAGUUCAGAAGAUCACUUCCCCAAAUAUUAGGAGAAGUGCGUCCUCGAACAGUGCAGAGGCUGGGGGAGACACAGUCACUUUGGAUGACAUACUGUCUUUGAAGAGCGGCCCUCCUGAAGGUGGGCGUGAUGCUGCUCAGGAGGCCGAGAUGGAGAAGAGAAAGGGUGAGGUGGACCUGGUCUGUCCAACAAACAAGGAGCUGAACAUAGAAAAGCCUCUUGCAAGGUCUUCAGAGGAGUGGCGUGGCAGUGGGGACGACAAGAUGAAGACUGAGACACACCCAGAUACGGUCACUGCUGGAAAGGAACCCCCUGGUGCCAUGACAUCCGCAACCUCACAGAAACCUGGGAGUAACCAAGGGAGACCAGAUGGUUCCCUGGGUGGGGCAGCGCCUUUAAUCUUUCCUGACUCAAAGAAUGUACCUGCAGCUGGCGGACUGGCCCCUGAGACAAAUCCGAAGGCUGAAGAGAAGGAGACCGAUGCAGUGACGAUUUCCCCCAAACCAGAGGGUUUCCCCCCAAAGGGGUACUUCCCUUCAGGAAAGAAGAAGGGGAGACCCAUUGGUAGUGUGAAUAAGCAAAAGAAACAGCAGCAGCCACCACCUCCACCCCCUCAGCCCCCCCAGAUACCAGAAGGUUCUGCAGAUGGAGAGCCAAAGCCAAAAAAGCAGAGACAAAGGAGGGAGAGAAGGAAGCCUGGGGCACAGCCAAGGAAGCGGAAAACCAAACAAGCAGUUCCCAUCGUAGAACCCCAAGAACCUGAGAUCAAACUAAAGUAUGCCACCCAGCCACUGGACAAAAGUGAUGCCAAGAACAAGUCUUUUUUCCCUUAUAUUCAUGUAGUAAAUAAGUGUGAACUUGGAGCCGUUUGUACAAUCAUCAAUGCUGAAGAAGAAGAACAGACCAAAUUGGUGAGGGGUCGGAAGGGGCAGAGGUCUCUGACCCCGCCACCCAGCAGCACUGAGAGCAAGGCGCUCCCAGCCUCGUCCUUCAUGCUGCAGGGACCUGUGGUGACUGAGUCUUCUGUGAUGGGCCACCUGGUUUGCUGUCUGUGCGGCAAGUGGGCCAGUUACCGGAACAUGGGUGACCUCUUUGGACCCUUUUAUCCCCAAGAUUAUGCAGCCACUCUCCCGAAAAACCCACCUCCUAAGAGGGCCACGGAAAUGCAGAGCAAAGUUAAGGUACGGCACAAAAGCGCUUCCAACGGCUCCAAGACGGACACUGAGGAGGAGGAGGAGCAGCAGCAGCAGAAGGAGCAGAGGAGCCUGGCCGCCCACCCCAGGUUUAAGCGGCGGCACCGCUCGGAAGACUGUGGUGGAGGCCCUCGGUCCCUGGCCCGGGGGCUUCCCUGUAAAAAAGCAACCACAGAGGGCGGCAGCGAAAAGACUGUUUUGGACUCAAAGCCCUCUGUGCCCACCACUUCAGAAGGUGGCCCUGAGCUGGAGUUACAAAUCCCUGAACUACCUCUUGACAGCAAUGAAUUUUGGGUCCAUGAGGGCUGCAUUCUCUGGGCCAAUGGAAUCUACCUGGUCUGCGGCAGGCUCUAUGGCCUGCAGGAAGCGCUGGAAAUAGCCAGAGAGAUGAAAUGCUCCCACUGCCAGGAGGCAGGCGCCACCUUGGGCUGCUACAACAAAGGCUGCUCCUUCCGCUACCAUUACCCGUGUGCCAUUGACGCAGAUUGUUUGCUACAUGAGGAGAACUUCUCGGUGAGGUGCCCCAAGCACAAGCCUCCCCUCCCAUGCCCUCUCCCCGCCUUGCAGAACAAGACAGCGAAAGGCAGCCUCAGCACAGAGCAGUCGGAGCGGGGGUGAGGGGGGCAUGUGUCGUGGGAAUGGAAAGUACAGCAAGCACAGGUGAGACUGUGGAGAUGAGGAGGAGACACUCGUGAUGGAUGGAAAUGGUCCUACUGUGCAGCCACACCCCGCCCCGCCCCGCUGUGCCCACCCGCCUGCCAGCACCUCCUCCCAAGUCCUUACAUCACACUCAACCGUGACACCACAGGAAAGAAAGACCCAAGAAGUCAGAAUGGCUGUUUCCAUGGACACAAUCUCCAUAGUGACAAUGCGGGGGGA